AUGUCCACCAGAUCCUCGCAACCAGACCUCAUCGGACCUCUCCCAGCUCCUACUCGGUCAAAGAGUCGAGCAACCUCUAGAGGAGCGAGUUCGUCAACUCAGCAGGCUCCAGAUAAAGAAGAAGACAAUAGAGACGAUCGAGUCUCCGACCAACGGUGCCACAGAUACGAGACAUGUAUUUGUAUCGGAUCGUAUCGUAUUUAUUUUGAGCCUGAUACCGGUAUCAGUAUUUCCUUGCCAAAUAUCUUAUGUAUCAAAUACGGUUUUGGUGGGAUCAGUCAUCUGAGACGAUACAGAAUACAUUUCUCACUUUUCAAAUACGAUACAUGUAUAUGUCUCAGGAAAACCAACCACGCGAACCCUUCAGACUCUCAGAACAAGAGGAACGAAGAAGCCAUGGAUCUCGACGAUCCAUCGACAUCCUCGGAGGAUACCCAGAAACGCCAAGACAGCCCAGAAAUAGUGACUAUGACCAAGAAAGAGAAGAUUUGCUUCUUGGUCAAGGAGCACGUCGCCAUCUGGAAGAACUUCGAGAAAGAGAAAGCCUCGGGAGUAACCAACGAGCUCAAGACUAUCAUUCACCAAGCGCAAGAAUCUCAGAAAGCGCUACAGAAAUUGAUAACCAAAGAAGAGCUCGAAGGAUACGUCAAGGGAUGGAACCCCUGGGACGCCAAACGAGAAUUAUUCCCUCCACCACCGAAGAAAGAGGGCAAGAAGAAGAGCUCAACCUCGAGGAAAGCCCAGCAAUACGACGAUCCUCGGGUCUGGGCGGACGUCUUCGAGAUAGGUCAGGCCUGGAGAGCGGCUUACAGACAACGCUCCCGCAAGGCACUUCCUCCUUAA